UGUGUAUUGUAAAUUAUGCAAAAUUACAGCAUUUAAAUGGUAGAUUUCUCCUUACUUUGUCAUAUAUUGUCUCUAUAUAUUGAAUAAUCUUUGUCAAAUGUUCUUAGUUUUUUUUUGUUUUUUUUUAUGUGGCGGCGCAUCCCAGCCAGAGACUACAAUAAUUUACUAUGAAGUAAAUGGAAAUCAAAUUAAAUACAAUUUAUUGUGUAACCAAAAUGCCCAGAAGACAAAAAAACAAAAACACAUGGACUCUUAUUUUGAAAUGUCUAUACUAUUGCGGGCUGAUUCUUCAGAUGAGAGAGAUAAAAUAUGCAUUCUUACAACCAUCUAAAAAAUAUUAUAUAAAGGCCAUAAAGUAGACAUUGUCAUAAUUCAUCAACUCGAGUUCAUUAGCAAUUGCUUGGCAUAAAUGUGCGCUAUUCAUUGAUUGGGAAUCACUUUGAAGCAGUCUGAAGCACUGUUGCACGAGCAUGUAGAACGCGCAACAGCGCCACCUUUGUGAAAUAUCCACCGCGUCUCUGUCUGCAGAGCAUGUGGGAAUGUCAGCGGGAGUAAACAGUUCUCACGCACACAGAAGCAAGCAGAGCGGCAUUUCCUGUCACGUUCCUGCUGGAAAUAGCAGCUUUUCUUUCUUUCCUCCUUCCGACAAUUAUCUCUGCGAGUGAGAACACCUGAAUAUGACGCUGCAUGUGCAAUUAGCCACAGAAGAGCAUGUUUUCUGUCUGUCUCGAGUCCAUUUAAACAGCAGUGCAAUGCCUGUGUGAACUCAGUAGAAGAUGUGGACGUCCUCUGCUGGAUGUAAUAUUUUUUGUGCGUGAACAUCCUGUUGCAUCUGCCUGAUUUCUCGUUGCAUCUGCUGAUGAAGUGAGGUGCUGAUGACACUUUCACCUGGAUGCAUCAAGCUAUUCUAGAGGAAAUUUUAUUGAUCCUUUCACCCUUGGACUUGUUUCAUCUUUGAACUGAGAAGAUGAGUGAAAGCCCUCUGACGGAGUAUGAACUGCUGUCUCUGGCUCCUGUCUCGGGCCCCGGGGCCACAGCGGGGCUCCUGCUGGCUCCUCACACAGAGCAGAGCACUGCGCUUUGUUUUGUGGGGCUCCUGCUGCUGUUUCUGGUGUUCCUGCUGGUCCGUUGUUUCCGGAUUCUUCUGGACCCCUACAGCAGCAUGCCGUCCUCCUCGUGGUCUGAUCCCAAAGACAGUUUGGAGAGGGGACAGUUUGAUUACGCGCUGGUGUAGCCGCCUGUCUGUUCGAGGGCUAAAAGAAGUUCAACCGUGAAUCUCACAGAUACUGUCAAGAACAUAUUUUACCUCCAAAUAAAAAAGGUAAUUGUUUAAAGUAUUUGAUUUUUAUUAUCUAAAGGUGUGUUUCCUUUAGAUUUUGGGGUGAAAUAUGAGCUAGACUCGUUCUUGAAAGGUUUUGUGAGAUUCAACCACAAAGCUACUGCUACCAACCCAAUAUCUCUGAUUUUAAAGAUUUUAGUUUAUAAAACAUUGAUUGUUUGAUAUUAUUUUUUUUCAUGUGCAUAUAGUCAUCAUUAAAGUGUGAACAUACAGAAAAUAAAUAGAUAUGACUCAAGUCAUAUCUCAUAUCUCAAGUCAAACCACUCAAAACGCCUUAGCAACUGCAUAGCAAUGCCCUGACAACAAUCCAGAACAUCUUAGCAACCACAUAGCGAUGCCCUGGCAACCAUGCAGAACAUCUUAGCAACAACAUAGCGACAUCCUGACAACAAUCCAGAACAUCUUAGCCUCCACAUAGCGACACCCUGACAACAAUCCAGAACAUCUUAGCCACCACAUAGCGACGCCCUGGCAACCAUACAGAACAUUUUAGCCACCACAUAGCGUCGCCCUGGCAACCAUACAGAAAAUCUUAACAACCAUAUAGCGACGCCCUGGCAACCUUCCAGAACAUCUUAACAACCACAUAGCAACGCCCUGGCAACCAUGCAGAACAUCUUAGCCACCACAUAGCGAUGCCCUGGCAACCAUCCACAACAUCUUAGCCACCACAUAGAGACACCAUGGCAACCAUCCAGAACAUCUUAGCCACCACAUAGCAACACCCUGGCAACCAUCCAGAACAUCUUAGCAACCACAUAGCGACGCCCAGGCAACCAUCCAGAACAUCUUAACAACCACACAGCGAUGCCCUGGCAACCAUCCACAACAUCUUAGCAACUACAUAGUGAUGCCCUGACAACCAUCCAGAACAUCUUAGCAACCACAUAGCGACGGCCUGACAACUAUCCAAAACAUCUUAGCCACCACAUAGCAACACCCUGGCAACCACCCAGUUAUGUGUUGCACUGACAGUCAUCACCCAGAGUUUAAGUACUGCAUUUUAGUUUAAAUUCCUGUUUCGAUAAAAUAUGUGAAUCUGUAGAAAAGGAUCAAUUAAUACACAUUUUAAUUCAUUUAUGUUGGAACAGACUUUUAUAGACCCCUCUUUUUUAUUGUGACUGCCUUUCUCAUCAACUUUAUUGUUAAUGUGACAUGGUUAAAUGUUACUUAUUAAUAUUAUUAUUAUUAUUCAGUGUUUUACAUUAUGUUUGUCCACUUUGCAGGUUUUGUCGAUAAUAACUGGAGCAAAUGUGCCUUUUAUUGCAGUCCAGAUGUAUUUUUUGAAUCAGAAACUCUAUUGUCUGUCUGUGGUUUUCACAGUAUUGAUUUUCCUGUGGUGUUGACAGCCGGUUUGGGAUUAGUAGGUUCGUUUUAUCAUUUUAAAAGGGCAAAACUGUGUACAAACAGGGAUUUUUCUCUGGAAAUGUUUCUUACUCUGUUUGUUUUUAGCAAAGAAAUAUUUGCUCAAUAAAUGCCUUUUUCUCUCAGCAUA